AUGUCCCUCAAGAACACUAGACCCCCUGUUAAGUCCACCAGAGUCUCUCGUCCUCAAUUGACUGAAGAAUAAAAAUAAGAAAUUAAGGAAGCCUUCGAUCUUUUCGAUACCGAUGGCACUGGAUAUAUUGAUGCCAAGGAACUUAAGGUAGCAAUGAGAGCUUUAGGAUUUGAACCUAAAAAGGAAGAAAUCAAGAAAAUGAUUGCUGAAAUCGACAGAGAAGGUCGUGGAGUUAUUGAAUUCUAAGACUUCCUUGAUCUCAUGACCGUUAAAAUGGCUGAAAGAGAUCCCAGAGAUGAAAUUUUAAAAGCUUUUAGAUUAUUUGAUGAUGAUAAUACUGGUAAGAUCUCCUUAAAGAAUUUAAAAAGAGUUGCCAGAGAAUUGGGUGAAGCUAUGACUGAAGAAGAACUCUAAGAAAUGAUUGAUGAAGCUGAUAGAGAUGGUGAUGGUGAAAUUAGUGAGGAAGAAUUCGUUAGAAUUAUGAAAAAGACCAACCUCUUCUGA